AUGAGUAACAGAAAUUUUGUUUUUGAAGAAGCAGAGGAUUAUAAUCGAGUGCUAGGCUUUGACCCAAACCAUCUUGUGAUAAGUAGAGCAGACAGUGAAAAAGCUGGAUACAGUGUUUUUCUGACUGUAUUGAAAAAUCACUGCAAACGUCUUCCACGUUUUCUCUUGCGGAAGACACUUUUACUUCAUUGCAGGAUCUGUGAGUCCCCACUCCUUCAGGCUGCCAAGGAGAACAACAUCCCAGUCAUUAUGAAACUUCUCACAGAUGGAACAUGUGAUAUUUAUCAGAGAGGUGCAGUAGGAGAGACUGCCCUCCAUGUAGCUGCCUUGUAUGAUAAUGUGGAGGCUGCACUGGCUCUGAUGGAAGCAGCUCCAGAGCUUGUCAAUGAGAGGAUGACAUCAGAACUCUAUGAAGGGCAGACAGCUCUCCACAUUGCAGCAGUGAACCAGAAUAUCACUUUGGUGAAGGCUUUGCUCAAGAGAGGGGCCAAUAUCUGCACAGCACAGGCCACUGGGCACUUCUUCAGGCGCAGCUCCCAGAACCUUCUCUAUUUUGGAGAACAUGUUUUGUCAUUUGCUGCCUGUGUGGGAAAUGAGGAGAUUGUACAGUUGCUCAUUGAAAAUGGAGCUGACAUUAGAGCUCAGGAUUACCUGGGUAACACCAUCCUUCACAUCUUAGUUCUCCAGCCUAAUAAGACAUUUGCCUGCCACAUGUACAGCCUGAUACUUUCCUAUGACCAGAGCAAAGAGGGACCAAGAUCACUUGAAUUAAUUCCUAACAAUGAAGGACUUACUCCAUUCAAACUGGCUGGAGUUGAGGGCAACACUGUGAUGUUUCAAUACCUCAUGCAGAGGCGAAAGCAUAAUCUCUGGUCCUUUGGCCCCUUGACCACUGUGCUCUAUGAUCUCACUGAGAUUGACUCCUGGGCUGAAGAUCAGUCCUUCCUUGAGCUCAUUGUCUCAACCAAGAAGAGAGAGGCACGCCAGAUCUUAGAUUUAACACCUGUGAAGGAGCUGGUGAACCUGAAGUGGAAUAUGUAUGGACGGCCCUAUUUCUGUUUCCUGGCUUUAUUCUAUGUACUCUACAUGGUCUGCUUCACUAUGUGCUGUGUCUACCGGCCACUGAAACCUCGAACAGGCAAUAAGACAAGCAGUAGAGACAAUACAGUCUAUGUCCAGAAAAUGCUACAGGAAUCUUAUGUAACAUAUGAGGAUGAGUUGAGGCUGGUGGGGGAGCUGAUCACAGUUAUUGGAGCUGUAGUAAUUUUGAUCCUUGAGGUGAUGGAGGAACUGAUGAGGAAAGUUGUGCUCCUGGACCUUCUUCUUACAAACAAGGAAGAGAUGGUUGGGAAUGUGAAGGUUAGAAUCAGUCUGUGA